AUGGCGGGCAACAUCUUUGUCGUCAGUUUGUCUGUCGCAGACCUUGUAGUUGCAGUUUAUCCAUACCCUCUGAUCCUGAGUGCCAUUUUCCAUAAUGGAUGGACCAUGGGAAACGUUCACUGCCAGAUAAGCGGGUUCCUGAUGGGCUUGAGUGUCAUCGGGUCCAUUUUCAACAUCACAGCGAUUGCAAUCAACCGCUACUGCUACAUCUGCCACAGCCUUCGGUAUGAUAAACUCUUCAACCUGAAGAACACCUGCUGCUAUCUCUGCCUGACCUGGAUACUCACAGUGGUGGCAAUUGUGCCAAACUUAUUUGUUGGCUCCUUGCAAUACGACCCCCGGAUUUACUCCUGCACCUUCGCCCAGACAGUGAGUACAUCAUACACCAUCACAGUGGUGGUGGUUCACUUCAUCGUCCCACUGUCCAUCGUGACAUUUUGCUACCUAAGGAUCUGGAUUUUGGUGAUUCAAGUCAAACACCGGGUGAGACAAGACUGCAAGCAGAAGCUUAGAGCAGCUGACAUCCGGAAUUUCUUGACUAUGUUUGUGGUUUUUGUCCUUUUCGCUGUGUGCUGGGGACCGUUAAACUUUAUUGGCCUUGCUGUUUCGAUUAAUCCUUCAAAAGUGCAGCCACACAUUCCAGAAUGGCUUUUUGUCCUGAGCUAUUUUAUGGCCUAUUUUAACAGCUGCCUCAAUGCUGUGAUCUAUGGGCUUCUUAACCAGAAUUUCCGGAAGGAGUACAAAAGGAUACUGCUGACGCUCCGGACUCCCAGGUUGUUGUUCAUCGAUGUGUCCAAGGGUGGGACAGAGGGGAUGAAAAGCAAGCCAUCUCCGGCUGUAACAAACAACAACAACCAAGCUGAAAUACACUUAUGA